AGCAGAAGGGGGGUGGCAGGGAGCGCGACGGCGGCGUGGCUCCCGCUGAAAUGACAACUCUUGUGUUGGACAACGGCGCCUACAACGCCAAGAUCGGUUACAGCCAUGAGAAUGUUUCGGUUAUUCCUAACUGUCAGUUUAGGUCAAAAACGGCACGUCUUAAAACUUUUACUGCUAACCAGAUAGAUGAAAUAAAAGACCCAUCUGGACUUUUUUAUAUUCUUCCUUUUCAGAAGGGCUACUUGGUGAAUUGGGAUGUUCAAAGACAAGUUUGGGAUUAUCUCUUUGGAAAAGAAAUGUAUCAGGUUGAUUUUUUAGAUACUAACAUUAUUAUCACAGAACCCUAUUUUAACUUUACUUCAAUUCAAGAAUCAAUGAAUGAAAUACUAUUUGAAGAAUACCAGUUUCAAGCAGUAUUACGAGUAAAUGCUGGGGCUCUCAGUGCACAUAGGUAUUUCCGAGAUAAUCCUUCCGAAUUAUGCUGUAUCAUUGUAGAUAGUGGAUACUCCUUUACACAUAUAGUUCCUUAUUGUAGAAGUAAAAAGAAAAAGGAAGCAAUUAUUCGGAUAAAUGUGGGAGGAAAACUCCUAACUAAUCAUCUAAAGGAGAUCAUAUCGUACAGGCAGCUACAUGUCAUGGAUGAAACACAUGUGAUUAAUCAGGUGAAAGAAGAUGUAUGUUAUGUGUCUCAGGAUUUUUACAGAGACAUGGAUAUUGCAAAGUUGAAAGGAGAAGAAAACACAGUCAUGAUAGACUAUGUUUUACCUGACUUCAGUACAAUUAAAAAAGGCUUUUGUAAGCCAAGGGAAGAGAUGGUGUUAAGUGGAAAAUAUAAAUCUGGGGAACAGAUUCUUCGUCUGGCCAAUGAGCGAUUUGCUGUUCCAGAAAUACUUUUUAAUCCUUCUGAUAUAGGCAUUCAAGAAAUGGGAAUUCCAGAAGCUAUUGUCUAUUCAAUUCAGAAUUUACCUGAAGAAAUGCAGCCACAUUUUUUUAAGAACAUCGUUUUGACAGGAGGAAAUUCCCUUUUCCCAGGAUUUAGGGAUCGGGUUUAUUCAGAAGUUCGAUGUCUCACUCCAACAGAUUAUGAGGUUUCUGUUGUGCUGCCUGAAAACCCGAUUACUUAUGCUUGGGAAGGUGGAAAAUUGAUAUCCGAGAAUGAUGAUUUUGAAGAUAUGGUGGUGACAAGAGAAGAUUAUGAAGAAAAUGGACAUAGUGUCUGUGAAGAGAAAUUUGAUAUUUAAGAAACAUUUCUGAAUGAAAGCUUUGUCUAGUUGUGACUACAAGAUUUAUUUUUAGUGUUCUUUCCAAAGGAGAUACCUGUGUUACUUCUUAAGAUAAAGAUUUGGGCUUAUGUAAGUACUUUGAUGUAUGGCUAAUUUUCAGAGGUUUCUCAGCCUUUAAUUAUAACUCAGCUCAUUAUUUUCAUUCAGGAGCUAGACUACUGUACAGAGCUGUUAUUUCUGAGAGGAUAAUGUUUCAUUCUAAGAUGAAAGAGUGAAAUGCAUUUCAGUUUAAUUCUUUAUAGUUGAAACAUAAAUUUAACUGUCACUGGCCAUUUGUAUUCAGUAGUUUUUUGUGACUGUGACUAGGAGUUGACCAAAAUCCAAAAUGUUUUUAAGGUUGAUAUAAUUUUUCACUCUUGUAGAACUUUUUUUUUUUAAACGUCAUUUUUAUUUAUAUAUACUAAAGUUGGGAAGGCUAGCCUUAUGUAUGUUAAAUAUUUGUUUUUUACUUAAGCUUGAAAAGGUGGAGACUAAAUUUAUUUGUUUCUGUGUUGGCAGAAAUGUGUUAUUUCACUCAAACAAUAAUGUAAGUGCUUGUUAAAAUGUUCAUAUUUGGACUAUAUAAAAGUUUGUAAACCAAAUUAACACUUGUAGCAUGAGUUUUUUUUAAUUAAGCCUAUGUUUUGUACAAAUUUCUUUUUAUCCUAAUAAAUGGUAUACUAU